AUGUCUGGUCCGGGCAAGGGCGGAAAAGGCCUUGGGAAAGGCGGUGCCAAGCGCCAUCGCAAGGUACUGAGCGAUAAUAUUCAGGGCAUUACCAAGCCCACUAUCCGGCGCUUGGCCUGGCAUGGCGGUGUCAAGCGCAUCUCGGGCCUCAUUUAUGAGGAGACCCGCGGGGUGUUCAAGGUGUUCCUGGAAAAUGUGAUCUGGGACGCCGUGACCAACAUGGAGCACUCCAAGCGCAAGACGGUCACCGCCAUGGCCGUGGUCUACGUGCUCAAACGCCAGGGACGAACCCUUCCAACAGCUCUCCAUCUCUGGAAUGGGAAGUUCGCAAUGGCUCGUACCAAGCAGACUGCUCGCAAGUCCACGGGUGGGAAGGCGCCACGCAAACAGCUGGCCACUAAGGCUGCUCGAAAGAGCGCUCCGGCCACCGGCGGCGUGAAGAAGCCCCACCGUUACCGGCCCGGCACUGUGGCUCUGCGCGAGAUCCGCCGCUACCAGAAGUCGACAGAGCUGCUGAUUCGCAAACUGCCAUUCCAGCGUCUGGUCCGUGAGAUCGCGCAGGACUUCAAGACCGAUCUGCGCUUUCAGAGCUCGGCGGUGAUGGCGCUGCAGGAGGCUUGCGAGGCCUACCUGGUGGGGCUCUUUGAGGACACCAACCUAUGCGCCAUUCACGCCAAGAUGUCAGGCCGAGGUAAGGGCGGAAAGGGUCUAGGUAAAGGUGGCGCCAAGCGUCACCGUAAGGUGUUGCGUGACAAUAUCCAAGGAAUCACCAAGCCCGCCAUCCGGCGCUUGGCUCGCCGCGGCGGCGUCAAGCGUAUUUCUGGCCUCAUUUAUGAGGAGACUCGCGGAGUGCUGAAGGUUUUCUUGGAAAAUGUAAUCCGCGAUGCUGUCACCUACACGGAGCACGCCAAACGCAAGACGGUCACAGCCAUGGACGUGGUGUACGCGCUCAAGCGCCAGGGACGCACUCUGUAUGGCUUCGGCGGCUGAGCUUAGCUCGACAGUUCACUACCACAAAACCAACGGCCCUUUUCAGGGC